AAGAAACAUUGCAAAGUGAUUUUGCAAAAGAUCUGAUAGAUCUUUCUUUUGAUAAUGACCUCAUCGAAGUCUUCGCAUUGGCAAUUGAGGAUACAUUAGAGCUAAUACUGGCCAAUAGCAAUGUUGUCCAAAUUGUAAGGGAUACCUUACAAUAUUGCUCUACUACAGAUGUCAGGCCAUAUGAUAACGUCCAGUUCACGCAGAAAGGAAUCUUCUGCGAUGGAAUAAUGUGUUCAUGGUAUUUAAUUGAGCACAUUGUAUCUAGUGAUGAAUGUAUUAUCUGUUACCUUGACUUAAAAUUGUGGGCAACCGUAAGAUCUUACCCUGUGGAAGAAGUAGCCAAGAGUUAUUGGUCUACGCUUGACGAAGACGAUGAAUUUGAUGAAGAAUUCAAUUCUCACCUCUAUGGUUCAGAUAAUGUGAGUCUUGUUGAUGAUACACCAUUAGAAACUUGGAAUGAAUGGAUUGAACCGGGAACAUAUCUCUUAAGUGACUACGAUCCAGAUGAAGACGUUAAAUUAGUUUUCCCAAAAAUAGAACCUGACAAUACUGGAAAUAAAAAUAACAUAGAGUUAGCCACAAUACCUUGGUGGUUGCCAAAUCUUGAAAUACUGUCCUUGUUCUACUUGUUAGAGUUUAAUAAUUUUUACAGCCACUAUCUCUGUAAUUCUGUGUGGUGGAUGAUCACCAACCCAACUACCUAUAUUAUUUAA